AUGGUAAAGUUCGAAGAGCUGGGAGUCAGCAAGUGGCUUUGCGAGUCGCUUGAUGCAAUGAAGAUAUACACGCCUUCAAAGAUCCAAGAAGCCACUAUUCCAAAAAUUCUUGCAGGUUAUGAUUGUAUUGGAGGAGCUAAAACAGGAUCUGGUAAAACCAUUGCAUUUGCAGCCCCAAUGCUUACAAAAUGGUCAGAAGAUCCUUAUGGUGUGUUUGGAUUAAUUCUUACACCUACAAGAGAGUUGGCCCUUCAAAUCGCAGAACAAUACGCUGCGCUUGGUGCCAGUAUGAAUAUUAAAGUUUCCGUAAUUCUAGGUGGUGGGGAUAUCGUCCAACAGGCCUUAGAGCUACAAAGAAGGCCGCAUUUUGUCGUUGCCACCCCGGGUAGACUGGCUGAUCAUAUUCUCAGCAGUGGUGAAGAAACCAUCGGCGGGCUGAGAAAAAUCAAGUUUUUGGUAUUAGACGAAGCUGAUAGAUUAUUGAGUAACAGUUUUGGAAGCGACUUGGAAAGAUGCUUCAAAGUGUUGCCUCCUCCCGAGAAGAGGCAAACAUUGCUAUUUACAGCCACUGUCACGGAUGAAGUUAGAGCUUUGAAAGAAAAACCUGUGCCUGAAGGCAAACUUCCUGUAUUCGUACAUGAAGUUGAGUCUGUCGAUAAAGUGGCCAUUCCCGCAACUUUGACAACAAAUUAUCUAUUCAUACCGUCCUAUGUCAAAGAGGCUUAUUUGAAUGCUGUCUUGGCAUUGGAAGAAAACGCAGAUUCUACCGUCAUUGUCUUUGUUAAUAGAACACAAACCGCAGAACUUUUGAGACGAACUUUGAGGAAUCUGGAGUUUAGGGUGGCUUCCCUUCAUUCUGAGAUGCCUCAAAUAGAGAGAAUAAACUCUUUGCAUAGAUUCAAAGCUGGUGCUGCUAGAAUCUUGAUUGCCACGGACGUAGCUUCCAGAGGAUUGGAUAUACCCUCAGUGGAGUUGGUUGUCAACUACGAUAUGCCUGCUGACCCAGAUGAUUAUAUCCACCGAGUAGGUAGAACAGCACGUGCUGGUCGUAAGGGUGAAUCCUUGAGUUUCGUUACCGAACAAGAUGUCAAAAGAGUGCUGGCCAUCGAAGAAAGGAUCAACAAGAAAAUGGACAAGUACGAACUGGUCACUGAUAACAAAGUUAUAGAAACCUCCCUGCACAAAACUGGUGCAGCUAAGAGAGAAGCCUUAAUGGCGAUGGAAAGAGAGGGGUUCGGUGAAAAGAGAAAGAAUAACAAAAUCAAGAACGCAAAACGAAAGAACAGCAGACUUCAAAGUAAGUAA